AUGUUUUUCAGCAACAUUAUUAGUAGUGUACUCACGCGCGUUGUAGUAAGCAGUAUGAAACAAACACACAAACACAGGUACAGUACUCGUACUCGUCAAAACUAUAGCGACGCUAAUAGACGACCGCACUCAUUGCGGUACGCACCGAAAGAUGUCAGCGAGCAGGAGUCGAAGGUAAUAUCGACUAACCGUAAGGAUGCAAAAGCGAUAGCAGUGGCAAAGCUAAAGGCAGGCGAAGUGAUUGCAAUUCCCACAGAUACCGUGUAUGGGCUUACCUGCAGUGCCAACAAUCCGGAAGCCAUACACCGGUUGUACAAUAUUAAGGGCCGGCAUGAGCUAAAACCCGUCGCCAUAUGUGUGGCCAGCAUAGAGGAUGUGCGACAGUGGGGCGAAACGGACCAUCUAAAUGAUGAGCUGUUGAGUGAACUUUUCCCCGGAGCGGUAACGCUCGUGGUGCGAAGAUCGUCGAAAUUAAACAAUCCCGCGCUGAACCCGGGUGUGGCAAACAUUGGCAUAAGAAUUACGGAAAACAAAUUCAUACAGCAUGUGUGUGAAGCGUUUCAGCAGCCGAUAGCAUUGACCAGUGCUAACAAAAGCUCCAGCAAAAGCACUCUGAAUGUGGAAGAGUUUAAAGAACUGUGGUGUGAGCUAGGGGCCGUGUUCGAUGGAGGUCAGUUAGGUUUGUCGGAGGAGCAAAGGGCCGCAUCCACGGUCAUCGAUCUAUCCGAACCGGAGCGCUACAAGAUCAUUCGUUGGGGUGUUUCAGUGGAAAAAAUUAUUAAAACAGUUGAAAGGCAUAACUUUCGCGAAGCGGAGUAGUAGAGAGUUUGGUCUUAUCUGUUUGUCAUGUCAAUAACAGCGCAUAGCUCGAACACACUCGAACAAAAUCGAACAAUGCAUGCACUUUCCCGGCUCUUCCAGUAUUGCAGUUACACUAACACGCAUGGUUCAAUAGAAACACUAAUUAAAUAAGCAAAAUAAUAUGGUUCCUCAUGCUGUCCUUUGAUCGGUAAAAUCAAGCGUAUCUAACCCGGCUUUACUUAAUAAAAUGAUAAAAUAAAACAGGCACUACAUAAGACUG